AAACUCGGUAAAGACUUAGUAAGGAACGUCAUCAAAAAAAUUAAAAAGAUAAAGAAUGGGUAACCACAUCAGCUCUAACGCUGGUCCGGCUGGUGGCUCACCGUCGCCCGAGCCCCUCAUGCAGCAGCAGCAACAUGGAGACGGUAACAAAUCUUCGUCUUCGCCCAAAGAACCGGGCAAGGUUUGGAACUGGAAGAGUGCCAACGUGAAGCAAACGGAUGUUGGGGAUGCUGUACGCAUCCGCAAAGAAAAUACCGAGGAGGCGUGGCAAAAGGUGCUCAAAUGGGAGGCAAUGCGUGGCAACAAGUCUGGCGAUCUGCGCCUAAAAAGUUUUGUCGGCAAGGAAAACGACUUGAGUCCCCGUGCCCGUUUCCGCAGCUGGUUUGGACACGAGCUCCCGUUUGAUCGCCAUGACUGGAUUGUCGAUCGUUGUGGCAAAAAAGAGGUGCGGUAUGUGAUCGACUACUAUGACGGUAAGGUGGAUGUCCGUCCUGCCAUGGAUUCUGCCGCGAAUGCUUGGGUUCGUAUGCGCGCCACCUGCAUGCGCUGGAAGUCCGAUUUAAUCGAGAUAUUCAACGCCAGCGAUUAAAAAAAUAUAAAUACAUAUUUAAAUCGUUUCCACCAUCUUAAUUGCCUGUUCAAAAGAAAUGCAUUAAAUGUGAGCCCCAAAAAAAGCGAA